AUGAUAUCAUUAGCUCGAUCACAACAAAUGAUGUUACCUAUUGAUUGCAAUCAAGCACCUCCAGGCUUUUUCGAAAUUUGUCAGCAGCUUCGUCAAUUCGAUAUAGCGGCAAAAACAGCUCUAUCAGUUGCUGCUCCGCAAAUGGUCGUCAAUGCACCGGCGGUACCGCAUAUUCAACCGCCUUCUUCCGCAGUACCGCAUCAAUCAUCAUUUGUUCCAUCAGUUUAUAAUUGUUUGAAUCUGCAAUGCUUAUGUCCAUAUUUUGCGGGUAAUAUAUCACCGGAUGGCGAAUGCUACUUGCGGAACGGUCAAAUAUUGCAACGAUCAAUCCGGAAGGAAAUUCGUAUGUUGAAUGAUAGCGAAAGAAAGCGAUUCUUUAAUGCAGUUCGACAACUUAAAGCAUCAGGAGAGUACAAUCGUUUGGCCAAUAUACAUCGACAGGAAGCAUCAGAAAGCGGUGCACAUUCAGGACCAUCAUUUUUACCGUGGCAUCGAGAAUUUACAAAAAGGAUGGAAAUCGCUCUACGUCUAAUUGAUCCAUUAGUUGCAUUACCGUACUGGGAUUCAUCACUUGAUCAACAUUUAUCCGAUCCUCGAGAUUCGAUUAUGUGGAGUCCGAUCUUAAUGGGAGAGAGUGAUUCCAAUGGACGAGUAAUUAAUGGACCAUUUGCUGGAUUCACCACACUUGAAGGUCAUCCAACUAUAACCAGGCAUCUUGGAAAAGAAGGUCACUUGUUUACAGAUCAAAAUAUUAAAGCGGUUUAUGAUAAAAAUACAAUUGAAGGAAUACUAGCUUACACAGCACCAACAAAAGCUUGUCCAUAUCCUCCAAAUUAUUCUGCCUUGGAAUAUUAUCAUGCCAGUGUUCAUAUUUGGGUGGGUGGUGAUAUGAAGCCUCCGAUAACCUCUGCUAAUGACCCCAUUUUUUUCCUUCAUCAUUCCUUCGUCGAUUACAUAUUUGAAAAUUGGCGACAAAUGCAUCAAAAUCGAAUGCAACGUGAACAAGUUAAUACUGACGAUUAUCCUGACGAGAUCACAUCCUGUACAACUACACUUCAUUUUGCUGAUGCAAAUAUGCGCCCAUUUAAUCUAGCAAAUAGACAAGGUUUAUCGAAUGCCUAUACGGACUACAUGUAUACUUAUGAGCAAAGACCAAAUUGUAGCGAAAGUCAACCAAAUUGUCAUUCACAAUUUUUAUUUUGCGAUUUAUUAAAUGGUCCCGCACAUUGCGUUUCGAAAAUUAAACUCGGGAAAUCAUGCGAACAAUUUGCUGGUGAAGAUGCAUGUUAUAUGGGAGUCUGUUCGGAUGGUUAUUGCAGAACAAAUACCGCCACUUCGGCAGUGGAAACAACAUGUCUAAACGACAAUCCAUGCUGUAGCCUAUGGGCCAGAAAUGGUGAAUGUACAAGUAAUGCUGCAUAUAUGAAAAUGUACUGUCGUAAAAGUUGCAACUAUUGCAAAAGCAGUGAUGAUCGUCGAAACGGUUGCUUCGAUCGGCAUAUUUCAUGUUCCCAAAUGCGAUUGCAAGGCAAAUGCAUUCAAAGGAGACAAUGGAUGGCAGAAAAUUGCCAAGCUAGCUGCGGCUGGUGCAAUAUACCAGUUCACGAUUUAUGUGUCAGAGCAGCUUUAAUUGGUCGAAUUUGA